GGCUAAGUGAAUUUUAAUUGAAAAUGUCGCAGAACCAGAACCGCCCCCAAAAUUAAGCAAUUAGGCAAAUCAAUAAGGGCAGCCCUAUAAAAAGUAGAUCCGCAAAUAAAUUUCAUUAAUCAGAGUUUAGACGGGUGCAAUGGAUUACGACCGAAUUCAACCAGUGCGACGCUUGACGGGAAUUCUGUCGUCGUGGAGUCUUUGGCCAAAAGCAGGAUCGGUUUCCAGUCCGAAUUGGAAUAGCUGGCAGGGAUACCUUCUGCAUGUUCCCUUUACCUUGCUUUUUGUCGUCCUCUUGUGGGUGGAGGCCUUGAUGAGCAGGGAUAUAGAACACACCGCCGAUGUCCUGCUAAUCUGCUUGACCACAACUGCCUUGGCGGCCAAGACAGUCAAUAACUGGAAGUAUGCCCAUGUGGCUCAAGGCAUUUUGACCGAAUGGAGUACUUCAGAUCUUUUUGAGCUCCAGAGCAAACAGGAAGCGGAUGUGUGGAAACUCGAGCAUCGACGCUUUAGCCGCGUCUUCAUUUUCUAUGCCAUGUGCAGCGUAGGUGCAAUCCCGUUUGUUGUGAUCAAAUGCUUGUUUGACAUUCCUAAUCAAUUGCCCUUCUGGAUGUGGAUGCCCUUCGAUUUUCAGCAGCCGGGUCUCUUUUGGUUGCCAUUUAUUUAUCAGGUUAUAACCAUUCCGGUGAUCUGUAUUUGCAACAUUACCAUGGAUGCUGUAAAUUGGUAUAUGAUGCUGCAUCUAUCGCUCUGUCUGCGAAUGUUGGGUAAGCGAUUGAGUAGUCUUCGGCAUGAUGAUGAGAAGCUUAGGGAGAAGUUCGUAGAAUUGGUGCAUAUCCACAAGAGACUUAAGCAACAGGCUUUGGACAUUGAGACCUUCAUUUCGAAGAGCACUUUCACCCAAAUUCUGGUCAGUUCCUUGACCAUAUGCUUUACCAUUUACAGCAUGCAGAUGAGUCCCAUCAUGCAGGAUCUGGGAAAGUUUGCUGGAAUGAUUCAGUAUUUAUUGUCAAUGAUCAUGCAAAUCAUGCUGCCCAGCAUCUAUGGCAACGGUGUUAUUGAUUCGGCAAGUGUUUUGACCGAAUCAAUGUAUAAUUCCGAUUGGCCGGAUAUGAAUGCUGAAAUGCGUCGCCUCGUCUUGAUGUUUAUGGUCUACUUAAAUCGUCCCAUGUCCUUAAAAGCCGGUGGCUUUUUUCGUGUCGGCUUAAUGCUGUUCACCAAGACCAUGAAUCAAUCCUACAGCCUGCUGGCCUUGCUGCUCAACAUGAACGAAUAGGAACGGAGUUGUACUUUACAGAACUCAAUGCUUUCUAUUUUGGAUUAGCCGAAAGAUUUCGCAGCUCGUUUGGAGAUUUAUUGCCGCGUCUUGUUAUGCAAAGAUCUAUAAAUAUAUUAUAGCAUUGCACGAAAUACACGUCUAUAUGUUGAGUGCACAUGAAGUGUAGAAUUGCAAGUGACGAAAAUAAAAUUGCAAUUUUACUUACACACAGAUUUGAAGGAAAAGCUUUAGCCAU